AUGGUGAGACCUAAGGAUAAAUUUUGGGAACAUGUAGAGCAACAUGCUUUGGGCCGUUUCACAUGUAACUAUUGUGGACUUAAUUAUUCCGGGAGUGUUUCACGAGUGAAGGCUCAUUUAGCUUGUCAACCUGGACAUGAUGUUCAAAUUUGCACCCAAGUUCCUGAGCACAUUCAAGCUGAUGCCCUGGCAGAAUUUAAUUUGAGUAGAUCUGCUAAGAAAAGAAGGAGUGAUUCUCUUGAAAGUGGAAUGGGUUCCACAAGUAGCACACCGUCUAUGCCUCAUGUUAGGGUUGCACAUCAACCCACAAUGCUAGAGAUGGCUGCUAAGCAAGACAAGAAAUCAUUGGACAUGUUGGUAACUGAUUUUUUUGUCAAUAAUAACAUUUCCUUCAAUGUUAUUCAGACAAAUUCUUUUAUUGAGAUGCUAAGGGGUGCAUGUGCUUAUGGUACAAGUUAUGUUGUACCUAGUUAUAGCAAUCUUCGGACCAGUUUGAUUCCUGGAAAAAAAGCGAAAAUCAUGCAAUAUGUUAGCAGUAUAAAGGCGACAUGGGAUAUCAUAGGUUGCACAAUUAUGUCUGAUUCUUGGACUGACAUAAAGAAGAGGUCAUGGGUUAAUGUGAUUGCUUACUCUCCUGGGGGUGCUGUGUUUUUGAAAUGUAUUGAGUGCGGUAUAAAUAGAUUAACUUCCACAUUUCUUUUCAAUGAAAUUUCUGAUGUCAUUGAAAAAGUUGGACCAAAGAAUGUUGUGCAAUUUAUUUCAGAUAAUGGUUCUAACUUUUGUUCUUGUGGUGAUAUGUUGUCUGGAAAAUGGCGUCAUAUAUAUAGAAUAAAUUGUGCUGCUCAUGGGAUUAAUCUGCUUUUGAAAGAUAUUCACAAAAAAGUUAAAUGGGUGAGGGAAGUUAUAGAAGAUGGAAAACUUGUAGUGAAUUAUAUUCACAGGCACACAGGUAUUGUAGCAUUGAUGAGAAAAUUCACCAACAAUAGAGAUAUCAAGCAGCCUUGCAAGACAAGGUUUGGUACUUAUUUUUUUAUGCUGCAGUCUCUUAUUGUUGUUGAGAAUGAGUUGAGGCUUUUUGUUGCAUCAUCUGAGUGGAGAGCCUUUCAAUUUAAUAAAGUUGAAAUGACAGUGAGAACUGUUGGAAUAAUUCAAUCAGAGACAUUUUGGGAGGGGGCAAAGGAAGUUGUUGCUUUCAUGGAGCCACUUAUUUGUAUUCUUCGCCUUGUUGAUUCAGAUGGUUCUACUGCAGGUUACUUAUAUGAAGCAACAGAAAGGGCAAAAGAAACAUUGAGAAAAUUUGUGGAGAAGGAUGGAGGGAAGUAUUUAGCCAUAAUGGAUUUGUUUCAAUUUAGGUUAGAGAAGAACAUUAUUCAUCAUGUUCAUCUCUUUGGUGCACUUUUGAAUCCUUCUAUUAUGUUUGGUGGUCGACUUGAUAUUGAUGGAACUAAAUUUAUGAAUGCACAAGAUUUUAUAAUGGACAUCAUGAUUCCUUUAGAAGAUCGUGAGCAAUUCAUGCAAGAAGUCAUUGAUUAUCGCAUGAAAAGUCCAUUGUUGUUCAAUAUGACAGGGCAGACAAUGAUGAAAACUAAUCAUCCAAGGAUUUGGUGGCAAUUUGUUGGUAGUGCAUUUCCUGUGCUUCAAAAUAUUGCUUGUAGAAUCUUGAGUCAGCCUUGUAGUUCCUCUCCUUGUGAGCGUAAUUGGAGUGCUUGGGAUGCAGCACAAACAAAGAAAAGAAAUAGAUUAGCCCCAGAGAUGCUAGAGGAUUUGGUGUACAUCAGGAUGAACUCUAUGAUGAGGGAGAACUAUGAAAGCCAACUACAUAAAGAUUCAAGGCCUAUUGAUUUAGAUAAUCUUGGUGAAUUACCUAUAGUAGACUUUGAGCUUGAAAUGGAGAGGCUUGAGCAGACGUACAAGGAACCUGAACCAUCUGACACUGGAGCUGAUGGAGGAUCUACUUCAUGUAGUUUAAUGUCUCCUCAUUGA